AAGUUUCCUGGUUGAGGACACGGGAGGAUCCCAGGACUGGACCCAGCGUGUGAGCGCCUAACCCUCCAGGGAAAUAGCUAGCAGUGGUCCCCAGGAGGGCUGGACCGAGUAAGGAUUCUAAUCAACCUUCCUUUUGAGGAAAACCUUCUCCGUUUUCCUUAGCAGAACUAAGCUAUGACUCAGCUUAUGCUAAUUGUGUAUUAACCGCGGGAAACUGGCUCCUUGCCAGACUUCAGCUGCUGCAUAGUUUGGGCACAGCCAGAUCUUUUUCGCUCCUGCAGUUAAAGGAUUCAGGUCUGUAACUGCUGGUCUUUUUUGUUUUGUUUCUCUUUCUGGACGAUGGCGUUUAUCAUCUUUAUCCUCCGGUUGGCCAUCUGCAUCCUGACAUUUCCCAUGUACCUGCUGAAUUUUCUGGGCUUGUGGAACUGGAUAUGCAAAAAAUGGUUCCCCUACUUCAUGGUGAGCUUCACUGCGAUGUAUAAUGAGCAGAUGAUGAGCAAGAAACGGGAGCUCUUCAGCAACCUGCAGGAGUUUGCGGGUCCCUCGGGGAAGCUCUCUCUGCUGGAGGUGGGCUGCGGCUCUGGGGCCAACUUCAAGUUCUAUCCCCCCGGCUGCCGGGUGACAUGUGUGGACCCCAAUCCCAACUUUGAGAAGUUCUUGAUCAAGAGUAUUGCCAAGAAUCAACACCUGCAGUUUGAGCGCUUCGUGGUGGCUGCCGGGGAGAACAUGCACCAGGUGGCCGACGGCUCCGUGGACGUGGUGGUCUGUACCCUGGUCCUGUGCUCUGUGGAGAACCAGGAGCGGGUCCUGCAGGAAGUGUGCAGAGUGCUGAGACCGGGAGGGGCUUUUUAUUUUAUGGAGCAUGUAGCAGCUGGACGUUCAACCUGGAAUCACUUCUGGCAGCAGGUCCUGGAUCCAACCUGGAACCUUCUCUUUGAUGGAUGCAACCUGACCAGAGAGAGCUGGAAGACCGUGGAGAGAGCGGGUUUCUCCAAGCUGAAGCUGCAGCACUUACAGGCCCCCCUGUCCUGGGAGUUGGUGCGCCCUCACAUUUUCGGAUAUGCUGUGAAAUAGCAUGGCAGGGGCGCAGGGCUGAGUGGCUCAAUCACUAAGGCUUUAGCUUAACACAGAAGGCUACUUGGCAGAAAGGAAACCCCGGUUUGGUUAUUUGUUAUCAAGGUAAAGUUGAAUUAUAUCCCUAAAAUUUACAUUGUAAUAUUUCCAGCAUUUUCUAUUGUCUCCCCUCAAGAAUCAAAAACAGAAUAAAACAGAAAACACUUCUGAAUUCUCUGAAAAAGCGAAGUGAGCUCCCAUAACUGAAUUCUGUCAUUUAAUCCCAAACUGACUUUAUUGAAUAAUUUCAAAUUUUUCCAGGUGUCUUCCUUAAAUUGUUAUUCAAUAGAUUUUAGUUUUGUCCCCUCUUUGGAAGCUUGAUACUAACAAGUCAAAUAACUCAAAAAAAAGACUUUCAAAAGAGAGACACGGGCUGGUUUGCAUCAGGACCCUCUGUAUUUGCUUAUGUAGCCUGACCUGUUUUUAUUUUCCUUUAUUUCUUCUGUCAAUUAAAGUUAUUAUCCAACAAAAAAAAAAAAAGAGAGAGACACGGGGACCAGGCAGGGAUUCACUCAAAGGGCUGGAGCCCAGGUUCCAUGCCCAGAGCCCCAUGGAUGACCCCACCAAAAAAAUAAAUAAAUAAAAAGAGAGAAAAAUGAAAAUAUCUUAAUAAUUUACAAGCCAAAUAAAAACAAUGUUAACAGAUGAUAAUCCAAAUCAUCAACAUAUGCAAGUAGAACAAAUAUUUUUAAAAAGGAAACUGAUACUUGAUCUUCAUGCCCGUGUUCUUGCUUGCUUGUCUCUAUGUCUCUGCUUGCUUUUCCCAUGCUAGAAAAGUCUGUGCUGUAUCUUGAAUACAUAUUCUUUCCCCUCUCCCUCUAUCCUCCCUCUUCAUCUUCCUAAGUAAAUUUCAUUCAAUUAAAGCUAUGAGCUUAAAAAAAAAAACCAAAACUGUUGCUUCAUUAAAAAAGAAAAAAGAUCUGAAUAUAUUUGCUAUUCUUAGUAUCAGUAGGCUGGCACUCAAAAUUAAUCUGCCAAAAAGUCACAGUAGGCCUGCUUUGUUGUAUCUUUUAUUCUACCAUUUUAUUGAAGUUUGUUUUCCUGCAUUUUAGCCUUCUGUUUGUUUGUUUGUUUGGGCAGGGGGAGGGGGCAUAGCUGGUGGUGCUCAGGGCUUACUCCCUGCUCUGCUCAGGGAUCACUCUUGGAGGGACUCUGGGGACCAUCUGGGAUGCUGGGGACCAAACCCAGGUUGGCCACAUGAAAGUCAAGUGCCCUCCCUACAAUUCUAUUGCUCCAACCAAUCAGCCUUCAAUUCUUAAGAUAAAGAUUGUACUUGUCACUUUAUUAUAUACUUAAGACUAUUUGAGGCAAUUAAGGUUUUUUAGAAUCUUUUUCCUUAUAAUAUAGCAUAUACUUUGUUGAAUCUGGUAGAUUGCAGGUAAGAAAAGGCCCACUGUAAUUAGAAAAACCUGUGUAAUUAAGUAUUCUAUAUUAGGAGCUAUGUAAGAGCCCGUAAAAAGGGGGCAGGCUGUCUGUGAGCCUAUAAAGAAGUAAACAAGUAUUUGGGGGAUUAUUGUGAUCAAGUUUCUAUUCCUGUCCUAAGCUGACAUUUUUGUUAUUUUUGCAACUAUACAAACCUUUUAAAAAUUAUCACAAGUGAGCUGCUUGCAAUUGGGUGGUUAGUCACAAAACUUAAGAUUUUCAGGGGCUAGGGAUGUUCUCAGAGGUAGAAUUGUGUGUGAGGCCUUGCAUGUGUGAGGCCCUGGAAUAGAAUUCAGAACCACAAAAAUAUCUAUUUUUAGCGAUAGAUUAUAUGUAUUUUAUUAUAAUUAUUGUAUUUUUGAGGUUAUUUUGCAUGUUUUAAUUUUAAAUAUCAAAUCAACUAAUCAUAUAUAAUUUAGACAUGGAAAUAUAAUAAAUGAUUUAUAUCUUUG